GGAUUAAUUUACAAUAUUUUCAUGCAAGACAAUGUUUUCGACUUUGUAAUUACAGUAUCUCAAUCAUAAAAGAAUGAAUAAACAGUCUAUUAUCAACUUAACUUCUUCAAUCAAAAGAAUCAACUAGUCUUUCAUAAUCAACAUAGAUUUUCAGAACUUAAAAAGUUUCAUCAAGCACUUGAGACUCUCAAAAUCACAUUACCAUCAUUCCCAAGUACUUAUUGGUGGAAAUCAGUCAAUUCAGACCCUGAUUUAAUAGAAGAACGGAAACAAUUGCUGGAUCAAUAUUUCAAAAGUCUCACUUGCUCUAGAAUUGUCAGAGAUUCCCUGAUUUUCAAGAACUUCAUCCUCUCAGCCCAAAAAGAAUCUGAAAAGCGAAUCCUCAAAGAGUAGAAAGAAAAGACUAAGAAAACUGAGGGUUUGCCUAAUUAAAACCAAAAGAAACUUAAAUCCACCAAAUAUCAAACCCCAGCUCCGAUUCCAGUCAAUCUUCCACCCACUCCUGGAGACCUGAAAGAAAGAUCAUAAUCCCUGGAGCACAAACCUUAGAGUUGUAAAAUUGAGAAAGAUAACACCAAAAGUAGCAAACUUUAAUCCCCUAUUCUUAAUUUCGGAGGAUCAAAAAUCUUUAGAGGCAUCUUAUCAAACGCUGCUAAAUAAUGACAAAUUAAUUUGAAAUUUAUUGUAUUUAUUUAAUUGAUUGAUGUUCAAAGAAUAUUA